CAAGCCCAAAAUAGACAACAUGUUUUAUUUUAUUAUUUGUUUACCGACUUAAAAUAUUAAUUUAAGAUCGUUAAAAAACAAACUCUACAAGUUUUUGAUUUCAGAGUCCACCGUUGAGCCUGUUCAAUUAAAUCGUUGAAUCUCGCGGUGCGUUUUACUUUGAUUCUUUCGAAUUUUUUUUAUAUGGAUGUUGCCGCGAUGGCGAGAUGUGUGGGAAGGUGCUACGUUUCGCCGGCGUUCGGUGAGUCUGAAUCGCACCGGUUAUCGGAGCGGCGGUUUCUGAAAUUGUCUAGCUCCACGAAUUCGGAUCCCGCCGGUAGUAAAAGUUUGAAGCUUCGCGGGAAAAUUCAUCGGAGAAUGAGCUACUUCCGUCCGAUCAUGGCAAAAGAUGAAUCCAUUUCAUCGCGGUCCGGUGAAACGAAGCAAAUCAAUGGAAAGCAAAAGAACAUUGUCUGGCAUGAUUGUCCCGUUACUAAAUCCGACAGGCAAGAAUUAAUUAAGCAAAAGGGAUGUGUGAUUUGGAUUACUGGCUUAAGUGGUUCAGGUAAAAGUAGUCUGGCAUGUGCUCUUAGUCGAGCUUUGCACAAUCGUGGAAAGCUUUCGUAUAUACUUGAUGGUGACAAUGUUCGACAUGGUUUAAACAGCGAUCUUAGUUUCGAAGCAGAUGAUCGAGCUGAAAACAUUCGAAGAGUUGGUGAAGUGGCUAAACUGUUUGCAGAUUCUGGUAUUAUCUGUAUUGCAAGUUUAAUAUCUCCUUACCGGAUAGAACGAGCUGCCUGCCGUGCAUUAUUACCACAAGGAGAUUUCAUUGAGGUAUUUAUGGAUGUGCCACUCCAUGUUUGUGAAGCUAGAGAUCCAAAGGGCUUAUACAAACGUGCACGCGCUGGUAAAAUCAAAGGUAACUUUGCUUUUUCUCUGCAUCUGUUUUCAACUUAACCCAUGUUCUACUGAUUUUCAUUAAUUAUAUAACCUUCUUGAUCUAUCCAUUUGAUUAUAUGUAAAUAUAUUGUUCCCCAAAACAUUUCUUCUCCAGGUUUUACAGGAGUAGAUGAUCCAUAUGAAGCGCCUUUGGAUUGCGAGAUUGUAAUACAAAACAGUAGAGACAAGGGGCUUUCUUCUUCAUCUUCAUCUUCAUCUUCACCUUCAUCUUCGUCUUCUUCUCUGUGUGAAAUGGCAGAUAUUGUUGUGUCGUACUUGGACCAAAAUGGAUACCUGAAGAAACACUCCACAAAAUCACGUAAUUGUAUGUAAAUGUAAUAUUAAUAUCAUUGUUGUAACGUUUCUUAAACCUAUUUUACCUAUGGACGAUUAAAUUGUGAAAACAUAAAUGUAAUUCACAAUCUGCAAAGAGUUGGUAAGAAAAACUUGUUUGAUUGAUUGAGAGAAUGAGAUUAUUAUAUGGCCGCCAAGUUGGCGCCAACUCUCCGGCUUUUUAAGUAAUCGAGCAUUUGGG